GAGAAAAAGAAGGGAGAAAGAAAAAGGGAAGAGAGAAUAAAGCGCAGAAAAGAAGGAGAAGAGUGGGGAUUAUUAAAGCCUCAAUAAUCAUAUAGCACAAAACCUCCAGUUUGGUGAGACUGGGACAAUAAUAAUAAUAAUAAUGGGUCUGAAGCUUUUGGUGGUAGCAGUCUCACUGGUUUCUUUCCUCUCUCUUGGAAAUUCUUCAUCAUCAGUUUCAUAUGAUAAGAACUCUUUUAUUGUCAAUGGCCAAAGAAAGAUCCUCAUCUCUGGAUCCAUUCACUACCCAAGAAGCACACCUCAGAUGUGGCCUGGGCUUAUUCAGAAAGCAAAGGAAGGAGGUUUGGAUGUGAUCCAAACUUAUGUUUUCUGGAAUGGUCAUGAACCUCACCAAGGAAAAUAUCACUUUGAGGACAGGUAUGAUAUUGUGAAGUUUAUUAAGCUGGUUCAACAAGCUGGGCUCUAUGUUCAUCUCAGAAUUGGGCCUUAUGCUUGUGGUGAAUGGAAUUUUGGGGGAUUUCCAGUUUGGUUGAAGUUUGUUCCAGGCAUUAGUUUCAGAACAAACAAUGAGCCUUUCAAGUCUGCAAUGCAAAAUUUCACCACCAUGAUUGUCAAUAUGAUGAAAACAGAAAGUUUGUACGCAUCCCAAGGCGGUCCAAUUAUCUUAUCCCAGAUUGAGAAUGAAUAUGGGCCGGUAGAGUACGAAGUGGGUGAACCAGGAAGACUGUAUGCCCGGUGGGCAGCCCAAAUGGCUCUGAAUCUUGACACAGGUGUGCCGUGGGUGAUGUGCAAGCAAGACGAUGCCCCUGAUCCAGUUAUCAAUACUUGCAACGGCUUUUAUUGUGACUACUUUACCCCAAAUAAUGCCAGUAAACCCAAGAUGUGGACCGAAGCGUGGACUGCCUGGUUUACUGAAUUUGGAGCUCCAGUACCUUACCGUCCAGCUGAGGAUAUGGCUUAUGCAGUUGCAAAGUUCAUAAUGUAUGGGGGAUCUUUCAUCAAUUAUUACAUGUAUCACGGGGGCACGAACUUUGGCAGGACAUCUGGAGGUCCUUUUAUUUCCACCAGCUAUGACUACGAUGCCCCUCUUGACGAGUUCGGGUUAUUACGUCAACCUAAAUGGGGUCAUCUGAAAGAUCUGCAUAGAGCAAUAAAGCUGUGUGAGCCAGCAUUAGUAUCUGGAGAUCCAACUAUAACAUCACUUGGACCCUCUCAAGAGGCUCGUGUGUUCAAAUCAAAUAAUGGAACUUGUGCAGCGUUCCUUGCAAACCAUGACCAACAUUCGUUUGCUAAAGUGGCGUUUGGAGAAAUGCAUUACCACUUACCGCCUUGGUCUAUCAGCAUCCUUCCGGAUUGCAAGAACACCGUUUAUAAUACCGCAAGGGUUGGUGCCCAAACUGUACAAAUGACAAUGACUCCCGUUGGUGAGGGGUUCUCUUGGGAGUCAUAUAAUGAAGAAGCACCCUCUUAUGAUGACAAUAUGUACACAGUUGUUGGGUUGUUGGAGCAGAUUAACACCACUAGAGACGCUUCUGAUUAUUUGUGGUACAUGACAGAGGUCAACAUUAAUCAAAGCGAAGGGUUCUUGGAAUAUGGGUAUUCGCCUUGGCUUACUGUCUUCUCCGCUGGACACGCUCUACAUGUGUUCAUAAAUGGUCAAUUAGUAGGAACGAGUUACGGAAGUUUAGAGAACCCAAAAAUAAGUUUCAGCCAAGGGGUACAUCUGGUGGCGGGUGUGAAUCAAAUAUCUCUGUUGAGCAUUGCCGUUGGCCUUCCGAAUGUUGGCCCUCAUUAUGAGACAUGGAAUGCCGGCGUUCUUGGCCCGGUAUCACUUAGUGGUCUAAAAGAAGGAACCAGAGAUUUAACAUGGCAGAAGUGGUCUUACAAGAUUGGUCUUAAAGGCGAAGCUUUGAAUCUUCAUUCAUCUAGUGGGAGCUCUUUAGUGGAGUGGCUUCAAGGUUCUUUUGUUGCACAAAGACAGCCUCUCACUUGGUAUAAGAGUACAUUUGAUGCUCCGGAUGGAGAUGAAGCAUUGGCAUUGGAUAUGAGUACGAUGAGUAAAGGUCAGAUAUGGGUCAAUGGGCAUAGCAUCGGACGACAUUGGCCCUCAAACAAAGCAUCUGCCUCCGCGGGUUGUAGCUUCUGCAACUAUGCUGGUUGGUUUGACGAGAGAAAAUGUCUCGGCAGCUGCGGAGAAGCCUCACAACGAUGGUACCAUGUUCCUCGGUCGUGGCUACGGCCGACGGGAAACCUGCUGGUCAUUUCGGAGGAAUGGGGGGGGAAUCCGUUCGGCAUCUCCCUGGUCAAACGGGAGGUGGGAAAGGUGUGCGCACAGAUGUAUGAGUGGCAGCCGCAGCUGAUGAACUGGCGGCUGCAAUCCACCGGCAAAGUCAACAGGCGGCUCCGGCCAAAGCUUCACCUCUCAUGCGGCUCCGGCGGAAAGAACAUCACCUCCAUCACCUUUGCUAGCUUCGGAACGCCGGAGGGGAAAUGCGGCGAUUUCCGGCAGGGGAGCUGCCACGCUGCCAAUUCCUAUGACGUUUUCAACAAGUCAUGCAUGGGGAAGAAUUCAUGUACCAUAGAUGUAACUCCGGAAGUAUUUGGAGGGGAUCCGUGUGCUGAUGUCAUGAAGAAAGUGGCUGUUGAGGUUGUUUGCAGUAGCAUUAAUUAAUAUUCCCUCCCUCCGGUGAUGACUGAUGAUGUUACACAUUCGUUUUUCUUUUCUUUAGCUUUCUAAUUAAAUUGGCCCUCUUGCCGAUCUGAUCUGAUCGAUUUAUGUAAUCUUACAUUCUCAUUAUAUAAUUAGUUACUCAAUAAUAUGUAGCUAGGGACUUGUCUGCAAUUUAAAGAUGGUAUGCCGGCCAAUCUAUAAUAUAAUUAAUCACUUCAC